CCCCAGACCCUGGCUGGGCGUCCAUCAACCGCGGGGUGCUCAUCUGUGACGAGUGCUGCAGCGUGCACCGCAGCCUGGGCCGCCACAUCUCCAUCGUCAAGCACCUGCGCCACAGCCCCUGGCCCGCCACCCUGCUCCAGAUGGUGCACACCUUGGCGAGCAAUGGGGCCAACUCCAUCUGGGAGCACUCGCUGCUGGAUCCAGCGCAGGUGCAGAGCGGGCGCAGGAAGGCAAACCCCCAGGACAAAGUGCACCCCACCAAGUCGGAGUUCAUCCGUGCCAAGUACCAGAUGCUGGCCUUCGUCCACAAGCUGCCCUGCCGGGAUGAUGACGGCGUCACUGCCAAGGACCUCAGCAAGCAAUUGCACUCGAGUGUGCGGACGGGCAACCUGGAGACCUGCCUGCGCCUGCUCUCGCUGGGUGCCCAGGCCAACUUCUUCCACCCGAGGCUGGGGACCUCCCCAAGGGGUGGCAGCUGCGGAAUGUUCCUGCAUGCAGGGUGGCGGUGUCCCCUGUGCUCGUCCUCCCCUGCACGUCACCAGGGUUGGCUCCACACCCUUCUGCACCCCGUUCAGCAUGGGCUUCCCCUGUUUUCCCCCUCCAGAUCCGGAAAGGUCCAUCUGCCUCCUCGGUGCCCUUCCCUCCAUCCUCCCCGCUGCUCUCCUGCCCGCCUGAUGGUGCCCGACACAUGAGCAAGCUGGACCGGCAUGGCAGUGGCACUGACAGUGACUACGACAACACACAGGCUGGUGAGGUUCUGAUCAGCAUGGAGGGGAAGCGGUAUGUGGAACUGAGCAAGGAUGAGGAUUUCCCCCACGAGCUGGACCCGCUGGACGGGGAGCUGGACCCUGGCCUGCCCAGCACGGAGGACGUCAUCCUCAAAACUGAGCAGGUCACCAAGAACAUCCAGGAGCUGCUGCGGGCAGCACAAGAGUCCAAGCAUGAUAGCUUCGUGCCCUGCUCAGAGAAGAUCCACUCAGCUGUGACAGAGAUGGCAUCACUCUUCCCUAAG